AUGCCUCUACAGCGCUCUUCCUUCGACGUCUCUUCCUUCUUGGCCGGCCUGGGUCUGGCCACUGGAGCUGCUGUGGCUUUGACUUUGGGGAUAUCUCGAUACUCCCGCUCAUCUCGAGAAAGGCGUCUGCUGGAUAGCGCUCUGGAGAAGGGGAAAGCAGCCACGAAAAUCAAGGAUGAAGUUGAGAAGGACGAUGUUG